UAAAAGGAAAGCAGCACUAGAGACCUGUCAGUGCGAAUAAACUAACAAGCUGGGAAAAACAUGUCAAACCCUAACAAUAAAAAGGCUUUAGAACUGCUCUUUGAUCGUCCCUUGGAACCUGUUUUCACGGCAAGAGACGACGGCAAAGCUGUUUUUGAUUUACCGGAAAGCUUCUAUAAUGAACAAUAUUCAGAUGUAAAGGACGAUAUUGGUUCUCGAUUUGGAGAUGGAUUUGAAAUUCGAAUUCCGGUACGCGAUUUGCAGAAAAAGCCAGACUUAAGAUUUGCACAAAGGUUGGGCAAGCAUAGCCAAUUUUCUCUUUUCAACAGGGUUCAUCAAGAAAUUGCUGCACGAUUAAUUGAAAUAUUUUUGGAUGCUCCUAAUGAAGAUCUUUUUAUAUCAACAUGCGCCUACUGCAAAGAUCGUGUGAAUCCUUUCUUGUUUCAGUAUUGUUUUUCUGUGGCUGUGCAGCAUAGAGCCGAUACAAAAAAUUUUCCUAUAAAGCCAAUUGCUGAGACUUUUCCACAAAAUUUUGUCGAGCCAUCCGUUUUUCAAGAAGCUCGUGCUGAAAGUGAAGUGGUCACCGACCAGGGAACUCGGCGUCAUAUUGAAAUUCCACGAAAUUAUACAGCUUCGGAUCGAGAGAAAGAACAACGUUUAGCAUACUUCAGAGAGGAUAUUGGCGUCAAUAGUCAUCAUUGGCAUUGGCAUUUAGUGUAUCCUGGUUAUGGACCUAUGGACAUUGUAAAGAAGGACCGUCGGGGAGAACUCUUUUACUACAUGCAUCAUCAGAUAUUGGCUCGAUACAAUACAGAACGUUUCUGCAACAACUUAGCAAAACUACGUCCCCUGAACAACUUGCGUGCACCAAUUCCUGAAGGGUAUUUCCCAAAAAUUAUGAGCAGUUUAAACAGCCGCACCUAUCCUGGUCGUAAUGUAAACAAUGUAUUAGCAGAUAUCGACCGUGAUGACACCCAUUUGGAAAUUUCCGAUAUGGAAAGAUGGAUCGAUCGUAUAAUUGCAGCUAUUGACAAGGGCUACGUUAAUGAUUCGGAUGGAAAGGAAAUUCCUUUAGAUGAAAAGAACGGUAUUGAUAUUUUGGGAGAUAUUGUUGAAUGUACCAGCCUAUCUAUCAAUCCCGACUAUUAUGGAAAUUUGCAUAACCAGGGUCACAACGCCAUUUCGUACUGCCACGAUCCAGAAGCUCGGUUUCUAGAAGAUUUCAGUGUUAUGGGAGACGUCACUACGGCUAUGCGUGACCCCGUAUUUUACAGAUGGCACGGAUUUAUUGAUAGCAUUUUCAAUCGUCACAAAGAACGGCUGAAUCCAUAUGGUGAAAAGGAUCUCUCAUUUAAUGGGGUUGUGGUCAAUAGCUUAGAUGUAAUAUUAACUUCUGCAAAUGCUCCAGCUAACCACCUUUUAACUUAUUUAGAGAGGUCGGAUGUUAAUUUAGCUGCCGGAUUAGAUUUUGGACCUCGAGGCAAUAUUUAUGCAACAUUCACCCAUUUACAACACGCUCCCUUUAAGUAUGUAAUUGAUGUGACUAACAAUCGAAACAUGCCAUUAAGAGGUACAUGUCGCAUAUUCCUAUGUCCACAGUCAGAUGAGCGCGGGACACCCUUAAAUUUAAACGAACAAAGGCAGUUGGCAAUAGAACUGGAUAAGUUCAAAGUUACAUUGGAGCCGGGUGUAAACCAUAUACAGCAAAUAUCAACAAAGUCCAGUGUUACAAUUCCCUAUGAACGUACCUUCCGGCCAAUCGGUACUAACAAUCAACCAAAAGACCAGGAAGAGUUACGUGAAUUUCAGUUCUGCGGUUGUGGUUGGCCUGAGCAUUUACUCAUUCCCAAAGGCAAAGCGGAAGGUAUGCACUUUGAUCUGUUCGUUAUGAUAUCUGAUAUGAUAGGGGAUGCUGUAGAUCAACCCGAAGUACCAGAGAGCCUUUGCAAUGAUUCAUCCUCGUUCUGUGGUCUUAAGGACAAGUUGUAUCCCGACAAGCGAUCCAUGGGUUACCCUUUUGACCGACGAUUCACAAGGGAAACGCCAUCUCUUCAAAAAUUAACAGAAACUUUUUCCAAUAUGAAAAUGAAGGAUAUAAUAAUAAAAUACAACGAUGUUGUUGUUGAUAAAAAGAAAUAGAUAUUUUGGUCAUAUGUCAAAAAAAAAAAAAUUGUUAUGACUAUAUUUACAGCAAAAAUAAAAUAGAUUUUAUGAAGUGCGCAAAAAUUACAGUUUA